AUAUCGGGAAAGAAACAACUCGCCGCCAGCGACAGGGAAACAUCCAAAGCCAGUGUGAGUGAUCGAAGAAGAAGAAGACACAAAGUCUGAAGUCAUGUCGGGUGGAAUCGCGCGUGGUCGACUGGCCGAGGAACGCAAAUCCUGGCGUAAGAACCAUCCCCACGGUUUUGUCGCUAAGCCGGAGACUUUGCCCGAUGGAACGAACAAUUUGAUGGUUUGGCAGUGCAUUAUCCCCGGGAAAUCUGGCACUGACUGGGAAGGUGGCUUCUAUCCACUUACCCUCCAUUUCUCUGAAGAUUAUCCAAGCAAGCCUCCAAAGUGCAAGUUUCCUCCAGGUUUCUUCCAUCCGAAUGUCUACCCGUCUGGGACAGUUUGCCUAUCAAUCCUCAACGAGGAUUAUGGCUGGAGGCCGGCUAUCACAGUGAAGCAGAUCUUGGUUGGUAUUCAGGAUUUACUCGAUGAACCGAACCCCAACGACCCUGCACAGACCGAUGGAUACCAGCUGUAUGUGCAGGACAGGGAAGAAUAUAGAAAAAGGGUGAAACAACAGGCGAAACAGUACCCUCCGAUUAUAUGACAUUCGCCCCUGUUAUUGUUUCUCUGAUUUCAAUUCCGGAUUCUCUUGCUCUCCUUGUUAACAGACUUGGAGAAUUUGCCACUCUUUUUAAGUUUGUGUAAUGGAAUGGAACAACCUUUGCCUUCU